AUGUCUGAUUACGAACGUGUACUUCUCGUUAAGAAGGAAGUUUUUGUCUAUCGCAUUCCACCACGCCAAUCAAAUAGGGGCUAUAGAGCUGCCGAUUGGAACCUAGGGGAGCCUUUCUGGACCGGUCGCUUACGUGUUGUCUCCAAAGGAAAUGACCUAUCUAUUCAAUUAGAAGAUAAAGUAUCCGGUUCGCUGUUUGCAAACUGUCCUGUACCUUCAUUUCCAGGUAUUGCAGUCGAAUCCGUUCUCGACUCAAGCCGCUAUUUUGUAAUCAGAUUAAUGGAUACAAACGGCCGGACUAUGUUCGCUGGAAUUGGAUUUGCCGAGAGAGGAGAUUCCUUCGAUCUAAAUGUUGCUUUAUCUGAUUAUUUUAAGUAA